UUCUUUCCAAGUUGGUUAGUAGAAAUGUCAACGUCGUAAUUGCAAUUCGUACAUUCAUUGUAGAAUAUUUUGUGCCACUGCCAGACGAUAUCAGACCGUCGUACGUAUAUGCAGUGAAGUAAACAAGUGUAUCGCGCGAUUCUCGAUCACAGAAAUAAGUGAGAACUCUUUCGAGAUCCUUUUCUAGCAGGACAACUAUCAUUAUGCAAGAAAAAGCUAUUGAAAGGUGACAUUUUUCAUAAGCGCAACGGACAAAAAUGAAGAUUUUUAUUUUUAGUGUAGGAUGAGGUAUUAAAAUUUUGAAAAAUCUUUUAGAUGUUUUUUUUUCCUCGCAGUUUUGCUCGAGCAUUCACACAAAAAAUCUCAAAUUAUCAUUAUAAGGACCUCUAGCUUAUGCAUUAGUUACACUGAAUAUUCCGUUUAACGCGUUCUUCAGCUCAAACAACUGUUUGAUAAAAGCUCGAAGUAUCCUUUAGAAAAACAUUCCAAAAGACAUGGGGGCUUCAUUUUCAACUUCCGAAGCUGCUGCUCCUCAAGACACUGUGGUGAUACCAGAAAACGCUGCUGAGAUACAUCCUACAGAAAAUUUAGUAGAAAGUCCAGAACCGAAAGAGAUAUAUGGUAAGACUCUUUCGGAAACUUCGCAAGUGUCUGACAGCAAUAACGGUUUCAAGUAUUCAGCUGAAAAUUUAUCUCAUGAAGUAUCCAACAUUCCAACGGAAAAAAAUCCUUUGUGUGACGACUGCUCAAAAGUUAUGCUAUCUUACAUUACAACAAUGCAAGGAUUUUUAGAUAAUUUAGCUCGUGAAAUAAAUACUAGUAAAGAUCCUAAGUAUUGUCCGAAAUGUGUGGAGCAAGAGAUGGAGAUAUUUGAGGACAGUUGCUCUAAUGCUGAUGUUCGCUCCCCAUGUAGCAAUUCAUCACCAGACUCUCCAAGCUGCAAAUCAGGACCUAUUCCUGAAUGUCAAUCUGAAAUAAACAAAUGUGAACAACAAUUAGAAGUUCCUGUGAAAGAGCUAUCUGAUAAAAAAUUAUCUAAAACGAAGGAAUGCCGCCGCUUAUCUCUGAAGAAAGAUGAUUGCCGUCCAGCAACGAUUAAAAAAUCUUCAUCUCUUCAAGAAUGUUUGAAUAACCCCAUCCAGCAGAUGGAAUUUGUUUACAACUUAUCAUCUUCCUCCCGUUCAUUGGAGAUGGUAAAAGUUCAAAGACCGCAACAACAAAUGAAUUUAAGAAAUACAUUAGUGGUAAACUACCUACCGGACAACGAAAACGGCACAGUCAAAAGUACGAAUGAUUCAAAAGAAUUUAAUAGAAAAUCAAGUAGCUCACGGAAGAAGAUGAGACGAGCAUGUUCCUUGUCCUUAAAACAAUUACCUACUCUUGAGAGUUCCCAUACUGCCACUGCCGAAGCAGAUACGACAUCGAAUCUUCAAGCAAAAGACAUCGUGCAACAAGAACGAACUGAACCUGUUGAGUGUUCCGAUCAGGUAUUCUUUGAACAUACUGAAGUGAAAGUCUUUACUGAAAAAGAUUCAGACGAUUCUGUGACACAAGAACAAAACAAGUAUGUUGAAUACAAUCAAAGAUUAUUUGACGAUUCCAAAACAGAGGACUUUACAGAAAAUGGUGCUUUUGCUAGAUCAUUAAAGGAAGAAGCAGACGGAAUCUUAACUACGCUUUCUAAUGUAACUGAUGAGGAAAGUGUAGCCUUCGCAUCUAGAGAUACCAAAGCAGAAGCUUACGUAACUAUGUGCCGUAAUAAUGCCGAAGUCCUUGGAUGUCUUGUAGUUGGAACAUCACUUCUUCUGAGUCGGACAUCUAGACGAUUAUGCGUUCUGGUGACAGAUGGAGUCACUCCCACUUUCAGAGAGCUGCUGUCAUCUGUAUUCCACGAUGUUCAACUACUGCGCUCUUUGGAUACUCUUGGAACAACAAAACUUGCUCUCCUAGAACAACCAGAUUUGGGUAUCUCAUUUGACAAGCUGAGCAUCUGGAGAUUGACACAAUAUAAAAAAUGUGUUUAUUUAAAUCCUGACACCCUGGUGGUACAAAACUGUGAUGAACUCUUUAACCACGAAGAACUGUCGGCAGUUCCCGAUGUAUCCUGGCCUGACUGCUUCAACAGUGGAAUGUUUGUAUUUAUUCCAUCGACUCGCACAUUUUGGCAAUUGAUGGAAUUCGCAGACAAACAAGGAUCCAGAGAUAGUGGCGAUCAAGGACUUCUUAAUUCCUUCUUUAAUUCGUGGUCAUCUGAUAUUAAUCGCAAGCUGUCUUUCAUUUAUAAUCUCACAGCUAGUGUCAGCUACACAUAUACACCAGCAUUUAACAGGUUUGGACAGGACGUGAAAAUAGUGCAGUUUAAUGGAACUUCCAAACCUUGGCACGUGAAAUUUUUUGGUCCGACUGGAGAAAUUUCAGAAAUCUCUACAAUUCAUCCAACAUACGUUCAGUUUGUCAAAAUGUGGAUCAAUAUCUUUCGCAUUAGCGUCCUUCGUCUGUUUCCUCAGAAUAUACAGUCGUGCUUACUAUCGAAAAAUGCCAUGUGUGCUUCUGAUGUACUAUGCUUCUUUCCUCCAACUACAGAACCACAAGGUAGUUUUUAUCUUACACCUCCUUCUGCCAGAAUGCACUCAGUUCAGAAUAAAAAUCUGCAGAAAUCCUCAAGUUCAUCCCCAUCAGAAAAACUGCGGAGAAAGUCUGAAGAAAUUCCACCACCUACCAAGGAUACACUUGAAGCAGCAACUAAAGAGCAUCUGAAGAUGCGUCGACAAUCUUUACAAAACAUACAUACAGACCACAACAAUCAAAUUGAUUUGAAGAGUCAAGAUAGCAAUAUUAAAAAGCUGUUUAAAAAUGAAAAUUCGAAUAAAAAGAGCAACCUUCCAGAUCUAGAAGAUAAUUCCGUUUCACCCAAGAAGGCAGAAGAACAUUCUAAAUCUAUUAAUUUUCCUGAUGCCGAUACUCAAAUUGCAAAACUGAAAGAAAAUACACUACCAGGUGCAGAAAUUGGUAACUAUCAAGGUAUGCAGGCAUGGGAACAAGGAAAAAUGGAUUAUGAAGGUUCUGAUAGCUCAGAAAACAUCAUAAAACGCUUGCAGUUUUUAAUGUCCAAGUGACAGAAAUGAUAAUCUUUUAAGAAUAUUACAUAUCAUUUCAGUGAAUUAUUCUUCACUUUAUGUUUUCUCAAGUAAUAUGUGAUCAUUUUGUUUCUGUGAUCAUUUAUUUUAGUUUCAGUUACGUAGAACUUUACAAUAAUUUUAGCUUAAUUAUUAAAAAAUGGUUAAAAUUGAUAAACUUUGAUAAACUAGUAACCUUUUAAUUCCAUCGAAAUUCAGCAUGACUUAAUGACGCAACUGGCGUCACAGCAUCUGCAUAACUUAAGAAAAAAUUAUGAUGAUAGAAAUCAAUAAAAUUGUUUAUGUUUGCAUAUAAAA